AAUGGUAGUCGAGCGCAGAGACGAACAGAAGGUGGAACAUGGCUCUCUCCAGAGGUUUGAGAUGCUGUCAAAGGGUUUUCUCCUGGAUACCUGUGCUUAUAAUAACCUCCGUCGUGUUGUGGUCAUACUACGCCUACGUAUUUGAGCUAUGUCUUUUUACACUCACCAACCCCUUUGAAAAAGUGGCCUAUCUACUGGUAUUUCAUGUUUGCUUUGUGAUGUUCUCCUGGACCUACUGGAAGUCCAUAUUCACCCCUCCUGCAUCACCAUGCAAAAAGUUUCAGCUGUCGUACUCAGACAAGCAAAGAUAUGAGAUGGAAGAGAGGCCUGAUGCUCAGAAGCAAAUCCUGGUUGAGAUCGCAAAGAAGCUGCCCAUCUUUACUCGAGCUCAAUCUGGAGCUAUCAGGUUCUGCGACCGCUGCCAGGUACUGAAGCCUGACCGCUGUCACCACUGCUCAGUUUGUGAAACAUGUGUCUUGAAGAUGGACCAUCACUGUCCCUGGGUAAACAACUGUGUGGGAUUUUCAAACUACAAGUUUUUCCUGCUUUUCUUGUCCUACUCCAUGCUGUACUGUGCGUUUAUUGCUGCAACAGUCUUUCAGUAUUUCCUCAAAUUCUGGGUGGGGGACUUGCCAAAUGGGCCCGCAAAGUUCCAUGUCCUCUUCCUCAUGUUUGUGGCGAUCAUGUUCUUCGUCAGUCUCAUGUUCCUCUUUGGCUACCACUGUUGGUUGGUGGCCAAGAACCGAUCCACUUUAGAAGCCUUCUCAGCUCCAGUUUUUGUCAGUGGACCAGACAGAAAUGGUUUCAAUGUCGGCAUACGCAAAAACCUACAGCAGGUAUUUGGCGAGGAUCGAAGACUGUGGUUCAUCCCUGUUGUCACAAGCCAAGGGAAUGGCCACUACUUCCCCUUGAAGAAUCGUAGUUCUGAAUCCCAGAACCCCUUAUUAGCUAAUGAGGACAUGUGGGAGGAGUCCGAUGAUGGCUCUGAAGAAGGAAGCCCGGCUGAAGAACAAGACCCCUCUGUUACCAUAGAGAUGGAGGAAUAGUAAUUGAAUGUACAGACAAUUUACCCAGGUACACAGGAUGUAGAUUACCAUCGCUAUUUACCACGAGGCAAAUGCAUUCCAAAUCAUGUGGAUGUUCAGACACUAGGAAAGAAAUUCUGAAGGGGGCCAAACGUGUGGAUUUGGAUUGUCAUUGCUACUUUCACCCUGGUGUUUAACACAUUGAUGUAUAGAGAAAUUCAAUGGACACCCAGUAGCAUCAUCUCUCAUGGACAACAGUAUCAGUUUGAUUCAGGGGGAAAAAAACAUAAAAAGUAUACUGCUGUUUAUCAUGGGUUGUGUAUCCCUUCCUCUGGUUGUUCAUCUCAAGGCACUGACCUCUGUGGGAUUAUAAAUUACUGUUAGUCGAAAAGCCUCUGUCUGGCACUGUACUAUUUUGUAUGCCUCUGUUUCAGUGUUUGGCCGUGAGUUUACAGUGUUGCACCUUAGUGCUUGGUCUGUGCAGGAUGGUAUCUGAAUUGACCUCAUACUCAUUUUGCUCUGGAGGUCUCUUGUAAUGAUUGAGUUGUCUGGCCUCUAACAGUUUGGGUCUUGGAGCAUAUCAUCAGACUUUACUUUUUUCCCCCUGUAAACAUUAACCACAGUAGAAUACCUGAAUUAACCGGCGCCUUAUUAAUACAUUUAUUCUUGUGUUUUGGGAGUCCAUUUCUCCUAAGAAUGUAUCCAGUGACCUGCUUGUGAGUGGGCCGUGCCAACAUUUUUGGCACAUAUAUAUACGAAAGAACCUCCAAUUAUGCUUUAAUAAAAAAUUUCAGCAUUGAUAGAGUUAAAAUACCAUUACCAAUGUCUGAUCAGACUGGUGACAAUAAUAAAAAACAAAACUAGCAAAGUAUUAUGGCCGACGUAACGUUCAUCAUUUUUCUGUGACGUGAUAUCCUGAAUACACUGUAUAUCAUGACCUAGAAGGUGUUGGCUACAUUGUUGACCUAAAAAUCAGUUGGAUUAUUUAUGUCUGUGGUGAGCAUAGGAGAUAUACUGUGGUUGACAUUUAAAAAAAAUAUAUAUAUUACAAUCUUGUUUUCUACCAUAUCGGCCAUUCGUGAUAGGAAAGUGAAGUGACAUUUGCUUUAGUCAUAGGCACAAAAUCAUACAUAGAAGUUUUUUGGGUCUAUUUUCACUUUUGAUCUUUUUAAACAUGCAGAUAACUGUACAUAAAUAUAGUAGGACUGAUCCUCAUCCACUGGUUGGUAGAGGUCAGCGGCCUUCUGCAAUAUGAUGUUCUAAAUUUUUUCUACCUGUGUUUAUGUAUUUGAAAUUUUUAAUACCAGUAAAACAGAUUCUCCUCACCAAGACUGUUUUGGUUUAUGGACUUGUGUAUUUAGCCAGCGUACGUUAGUUGAAACCAUUUCUGUAAUUGAGUAAACCCAUUUAUUCAGCGUGAGAAAAAAGUUGGGCCUUUAUCAAACCCUGAUGCUGUGUGAUGUUGACACUUUAACUUCAUCAGAUCUGUUUUUGUCCUGUGUUGGGUAAGCCAAAUCAAAUGCUUAGAAAUACAUAGCAUAAAAUUCAAAACUCAUUGAUUAAAACAGUUUAUCUUGGGUAUGAUUCAAGGUUUGAAAGCAUGUAUAAAAUGUUAGGAAAGAUGUGAAUGUUGUGUUUCAUGUAGUCUUGUGUCUAUUUAUUGUUAUAAUAAUAUACAUUUUAUCUGUGUAUUGAGUUUACUGAUUCAUUACUGCUGGAGGCAGUGUCUGUAUAUUUUGCUCCAUUAAGUGACACUUUAAAGAUACAAAGCAAUUUCCUUUUAUCAGAAAGUAGGAUAUUUAUAACAUGAGACGAUGACAAAUUAUACCCAGUUUGCAGACAGGAGUUCAAUAUUGCUAGAGCACAUCCAGUGUGAUCCCUUUUGAAUUGUCGGAGUAUGUGACUGUGGCCCUUUUUCAACACCUCUGAAACACCAAAAGUACUGAUACCGUUUCAUUUGCUUUUCUGUCUGUUAACAAAUAUAAAUUCUUUAUUUUCCAUCAGUUGUUGUAACAUGCAAAAUAAAACAAUUCAAGUUGAACUCUUUA